AUGUAUAGAAAAUAGUAAUAUGAAAAGGAUUUCGAUUCCUAUAAACAUAAUAUAAAACUAUCUGAAGAAUAAAUGCUUAGAUCUGUUGAAGCAGCAGCAAAGCAUAAACAAAUUUGUCUCGAUAAUUCAAAUAAUUUUGAAAUAUUUGCCACAUGUAAAAAACACAAUCUAAUAUUCUUAGGUAUGGAAAAAUAUGAAGGUAAAAUAGACAAUAUAGCUAAUUUCUUAUCUACACGUUUACUUUUUAUAGAAAGAUAAGCCUUAUAAUGUUAUAAAUCAUAAUAAGAUGAAAGAGAAUAUGAAUAAUGUCAUCAAAAAGUUGAAUAAGACUUACAAAAUUGUUAUAAUGAAUACUAUUAAGGACUACUUAAUCUUUGA